UGCAAGCCUCAAACGGCGCUAAGCUAGCAGGCUGCAAAUCGUCUUUUAAAAUAGGUUUAGCUGUAAUUUUACAUUUAUUUAACAUUAACAUAUUUUCCGUAUUUUACUCCUGGUUCAGCAUAAACGAGGCAAACUGGAUUGGCUGCAUUUCAAUGGAGAAGCUGUCAAAAACAGCCGGUGCUGAUGCUACGCGGGAGAAGGAGCUCUGUGCACCCCCAGCAACCAGUGGAGUAGUAUCUGACAACCUGUCACUCCCAUCUUAUAAAGAGUAUCCAGCCCAUCGUCCCUUCAUCAACACACUUGUGCAUCACACACCCCAAACACAAACACAUCAGUUUAAUCGCCCAUCAUCACCCAGCAAAGCAUUCCCAGAGACCAGCAGUGCAGCAAUCCUAUCUGCCUUGAGGAACCUCCAGGACAAGAUCAGGAGGUUGGAGUUGGAGAAGGGGCACGCAGAGCUCAGUCUGCACACAAUGGGGAAAGAUGCAUCACGCACACAUCUGCAGAGCGAUAAAGUCACACAGAGACUCUUCAAGGAUUACACAGAAGAAAGAGACAGAGAGAGCGGCCAGUCCAACUGCAAUCAAGUGUUGAUUACCCAUCUGGCUGCUGCAGAGUCUCGCUGCGUGAAGCUGGAGCGACAGCUGGAUCACAUGAGGAGGAUGCUGCGCAGUGCCAAGUCAGACAGGACCAGCCUGCUCAAACAGCAGGUUUCCACUGAUACAGCCAAGUCAGCUGAUCAACAGUCUGACACAGUGUCUGAGCAUGCCCAGUUGGAGAAGCUGGAACGACUGGAGCAGGAGUAUCUUAGGCUGACACGCACACAAAACAACGCUGAGAUGAAGAUUCGGGAGCUGGAGAUGAAACUGCAGGAGGAGGAGCACCAGAGGAAGCUGGUCCAGGAUAAAGCUAAUCAGCUACAGACAGGUUUGGAGACCAAUAGGAUACUACUGCAGUCAGUGUCACCUUGCCUGUCCAGCAGACAGUCCAAAGAGAGAAAGUACAGUUCAAAGAAACCUUCACCACAGCAGCCAUCCUACACACAGCCACACUAUAGACUGAGCCUCAGGGAUGUACCUUUUGUCGCUGGAACGUCAGUGGGCUGCAGCCACUCAGUCAGAGCAAACGUCCAGUCGGUUUUGUCUCUCCUGAAGCGACACCAGCCACACCUCUGCAACAGCCGCGUCCUCUCUACCAAAGCUAACAGCUAUGAGUCAGGUAGUCCCAGGCAUUCAGACAGCUCCUCGUCUUCCUCCACCACUAGCGGGGAGGAGCUUUCAGAGCUGCUGCAAGCACUACAGGAGGAGCUGCGACUCAUGAGCUUGGAGCAGGAUGAGUUGAUGAGGCAGGUGGAAGCCAGCGUUUCUGACCAGGAAAGAAAAGAACUUCAGAGAGAGCAGGAGAGGCUGCUGCUGAAAAUGGAGAGGAAAGGAGAGCAGAUCAGUAAGCUCUACAAACACAAAACACAGAUAAAGAAGUUAAGAAAGGAGGCUAAUUCUAGGCCCAACAGCAGAAAUGAGGUGAGGGUGACGACCACAGUGUCCACUAGAGGUCGCUCUGCUGGAGCAGUCAGAGUUCAACCAGGAGAGAGGAGCAAAAAGAACCUGCGGCUGCUGAGGGACAUGAGGGCUCUGCAGACCUCAUUACGGACCUGAAACCCACCAAGGCAUGAACACAGCAUUAGGUUAAUCUAGUUGGUGCUAUCUACCUACCUAUGGCCAUCAUUUCACCAUCGACCAAUCCACUGACUGAUGAUCACUACAGACUGUCUUUCCUUUCUUUUUUAAAUAUAUGGGUUUUUUUCUGCUUUACUAGGAACAUGUAGCCUAACAUGUUUUAAACCAGACCUAAGUUAUCUCUACUAGUCCAGCCAAAAUGCUUUUAAUGCAACCCAGGUUAAUUUGUUGUCUGAUUAGUCAUCAUAGUGUCAAAUGAAUGGUUGGAAUAUUUAAAAACGAGGGCUUCAAGUUGACUUGUUCAUUACAAAUACCAUCAAAGUAACUGUAUGUCAGUUCAUGGAGGAAGUUGUCUCAAACAUCAGCGUGGAUCAGUGUUUUUUAACUUGAUGUUUAAGUGCUUUACCAGCAGAGGGCAUGAAAGUUCAUAACAAGGAAGCCAAAAUCUCGUGGUGCUAAACCCUCCUGGGUUGCUUUAUAUUUACACAUUCUCACAUUUCAUAAAUAUUGAUACAUUGGAUGCAGCAGCUUUUGGUAGUGUAAAGAAACUGCAGUGAUGAAAUAGUCUGACACAUAUUUUUGCAGUUUGAUGAGCCUGAUGUUGUGCUGAAGGACCUAAGAAUAUACUGUGCUGUAUUUGUUUAAAAUGACUGAACCCUUUGAUGUGUUGUUCCAGACUCUCGAUAUGUGUGUGUAACAGCACGCAUGUGUUGUGUGCUAUGAUCAGAAUGUCUGCAGUUAUUUCUACAACUAUACGUAGGAGGAUUUUGUAAUUUUUUGCAAAUCAUGGGUGACCUAUUUUUGA